ACCACAGAUUCUCCGUGGAGUCCCACAAUCAACAUCUCAGGUGAAGUGAAGGAGAAGAAGUCUGUCACUAUCAGCUGCUCAGCUUUCACUCCCUGUCCACACUCCCCUCCUCAACUCACCUGGAACCUCCCACAAAACUCUCACAGCCAAAUAGAGGAAAACACAGAUGGAACCUUUACAAGUAAAAUCCAGCAGAGCAUCACUCUGUCGGACUCACAUGAUGGAUUCAACAUCAGCUGCUCUGCCACAUAUCCUGUGGAUGAAGGAAAACCUGGAAAGACCAAAGAGACACAACAGACUCUCAGUGUUCCAUAUGCCCCCAAAGAAACCUCAGCAUCCAUCAGUCCAUCAGGUUUGGUGUCAGCAGGUAGCUGGGUGAACCUGACCUGCUCCAGCAGAGCCAAUCCUCCCAUCAGCAACUUCUCCUGGUUCUUAAAAACUAAAGAUGGAUCCAUGAAAGUAGCUGAAGGACACUUUUAUCGGUUUAAUGUCACUCAUGGAGGAAUUUAUUACUGUGAGGCCACAAAUAUUCUUGGUAAUCAGAGAUCAGCUGAGAUUCCUCUGACUGUUGAAGAUCACCAACACUUUGGGGCUGUUGUCUACAUCACAGUGAAGAUCCUGGGAAUCGUGAUGCUCUACAGCACAUUCAUCAUCUUUGAGUGCUGCUUCACAUCAAGAUGCUGCAACAAACCAGAGAAGAAGGACACAGAAGAAGCAGACUGUCAAUACAAUGGUUGAAAUUCAAGCAUCAUGAGCCACAAGGAGAGAAACAAGACGUUGACUUCACUGUCAGUGGAAUGAUUUGAUUUGUUUUGACUUAUUUCUACCUACUGCUGUUAUUUAUGGAGUUAAAUGUGAUUUAUUAGAGGCUCACAGCAUCAUCCAGGCCUGUACAUAUGAAACAAUUGUGCUGUGUAGAAGAAAAGAUCAACUUUUAUAUAUCAAGUCAUUUUAAUAUCAACACAUUGUUUCUGUGUGGAGUAAAAGGAGGAUUCAAAUUAGAAAAUCAAUUACAAAAAUAAUUCUUGUGUAAAUAAUUUUUCCUCUGUCUGGUAUUUCUCUGUGUGCUAACAUAGACAACUUUCUCUUUGUACAUUUAAAUGACAGCUGAAUUAUUGUGACACCAAAUAAAUAGUUUGCUUCAUAUAAACAUGUAAUUUAUCGAGUCAUGAGCUUCUAGUAACACAAAUGAAAACAUGUGGAGCUUUGAAUCCCUGAGGUUUUCUCAUCAGUCCUGCACAGCAGCAGAUGAAGUGAAGUUCUUCAUGUUCCUGUUGAAUCUCUGGAUCAGCAUCGCUUUGACUGUUUCCGCCCCAUAAGAAAAAGAUGA